AUGCCGUUGCGACGGUCGCAUGCGAAAUCUCAUCACGGCUGCACCCAGUGCAAGAAGCGCCGGAUCAAAUGCGAUGAGACUCGCCCCUGUUGUGGAUCUUGCCAGAAAAAAUACCUCUCAUGCACAUUCAACAGUUAUCAUCCGGAACGCCUUCGCCUUUGGGGCUCUGCUGAGACAGGGCCAGGACAGGAAAAUGGAAGCGCAGCCAUUCUGCCCCUGGGCAAACUCGAACUCUUGCAUCAUUGGCAUACGGCAAUAGCUCUGUCGCUGUCCCAGAACGAGGCCCUGAUUGAAGUUUUCCAGACACAUGUUCCCCGCAAGGGACUGACCCACCCAUUUCUCAUGCACAGUAUACUUGCUAUCUCGGCACUACACCUAUCUCGGGGAUCUUCUGAUUCCCACGCCCAAAGAUACACUGAAAUCGCAAUACAACAUCACAGCCUCGCGUUGUCUCUUUGUGCGCCGCUUCUAAGCAACGUGACAUCAACGAACUGCCACGCCGUCUUCGCCUGCUCCGUUCUUAUCACCAGCUUCUCCUUUGCUUACCAAGGUCUGAAUACGAUGUUUGAAUCCAUGAGUGUGAAUGAAGUGAUAGAGGUCUUCAAGUUAGUCCGUGGGAGUGCUUCAAUUGUAGAAAAAGCUCGGCCGUGGAUCGAGCAGGGUGAUCUGAGGCUCUUGUUGAACUUCACACGGUGUGCAAAACAAAGCCAAAGACCAAAGCAAGUCCACCAAGUUUAUGCUCAGAUAAAAGCACUGCUUGAACAACAGGCAGAUGACGGCCAGUCUCAAUGUCAGAGUGGUGCACGGGCGGUCGUACUAAGCUCUAUCAAGCAUCUCCUUGAUGCCUUUGACGCCUUCAUCGCUAGCGAGAACCAGAUGACAAUCCUAGCAUGGCCUGCUAUGAUAGAUUCCCAAUACCUGGAUCUAGUAUUGAAAAAGGAACCGAGGUCUUUAGUGACGCUCGCUCACUACGGGGCACUUCUACAUGUCAUGGCCAAGGCUUGGUGGAUGGAAGGCUGGGGAAAGAUUUUGGUCAAUCUUACCGCGGAGCACUUGGACAAGUCUGUGCAGUCUGCAAUUGCCUGGCCUCUAGCUGUUAUCAAUAAUGGAGGGUCUGGAGAGUAG